UGCGUUCCUACGUAACAGCUGAUUGAUUGUUUACAUUUGAUUUUUGGCGGCAUGGAAACACCAUCUGGGUCUCUUAAAAACUUAAAUAUAUUUAAGACCUCCGUCUGGGAUUUAAUGCAAGAAGAACCAAACAAAAUAUGUACAGGAAUCAAAGGUGUGGAUGAAAAUUAUGGAGGUGGAAUUUCAUUGGGACAUAUUACUGAACUGAUUGGAAAUUCUGGCACCGGCAAAACACAAAUGUGCCUGAAUCUUUGUCUAAAUGUACAAAUACCAAAAACUGCUGGCGGCUUGGAGGGCAGCGCUUUAUUUAUAGAUACUCGGCAAGACUUUAAUCCCCAUCGAUUGCUACAACUAGCAACUGAGUUGGAAAGGCAAUAUGCUCACAAAGUACCUGACUUUAAGGCUCUUAAAAUGCUUAAAAAUGUUUACUACGUCAGAUGUUCAAGUGAAGCUCAGUUAAUGGCCAGUGUUUUGAGUUGCCACAGGCACCUGGAAAAUCAUAAAAAUAUCAAGCUAAUUGUUAUUGAUUCUCUGUCGUUUACUCUGCAAAUGAUUGAAAAUAAAAGUAAGAUGUUUGAAUUGCUUUUGGAGCUGCAUGAAAGCAUGAGGAACUUGCAGCGAACAUACAAAGUGGCGUGGGUGAUAACAAAUGUGCUUACAUAUCGGGUAAGCAAGGGACAAUUCCAUCUGGUGCCCGCCCUGGGGGAUCUUCAUUCUCACCUGAUCAAUGAGCGCAUCUGGUUUUCACGGAGCUGGCAGCGCUACGUGGGAAAGACAUGGGAUACGUGUCGGCUAAUUAAUUCACCCAAAUAGGUCCAAAAUUGUAAUUUUUUUCACUUUUCCUUUUAAUUAUUAGUUUUUUUUUAUAUGAAAAUUGUAUACGUGAUUAAGUAUAGGUAUUAUAAUCAUAACUACAAGAAACAGCCAUAUUUAAAUUGUGAUUUUUUAAAAUGAUACAUAUAGUUUCAUAUUGUUUUUGACAUUUGCCCAAUAGGCGAGUGAACAUGUUUUCCAUCAAAGAAAAAAAACUGGA